CCUCUUAUUUCCUGAUAAGACAUAUCUUGUGGAGGCACUCUGCAGAUGCUCAGUUUGGUGUGUAUUGCUAGAACAUUUGUUUUUUCUUCUUGGGAGGGUGCAUGUGAUCAGCACAGGGCCAAUCAGAGCUGUCCAGACAGAGGUCAGGGGUUCUGCAUCCUCCCAGAGCAGAAAGAAAACUCCUCCUACAAGCGUUAACCAGUGCUCUGUUGAACACUCAAGACCACUCUAACUGCUGAUAAAAAAAAGGUAUUUAGCAGUUUAUAUUUACUAAAAUAAUUGCAUUUCCAUGUUGUGUGUACUGUGGGAGACCAGAUAUAGUGAAUGCAGGGUCCUGG